CAUCCUUCAACUCCCUUGUGACUUGUUCUAGCUCUACUUAACACUCUUCCACUCUUUCCGCCAUUAAAAUGACCCAAAUCAAGGAAUUCUUGGCGGAGAAAUUGGGAUCUGGAAGACACAUUUCCGUCUCCAAGAAAAGCAAGAAGCUAUUCUUGGCUCUUUUCGCAACCUUAUUACUAGUAGCUGCAAUUAUUGCCGUUGUUGCCGGAGUUAAUUCCCGCAAGAACUCCGACAACUCGGCUUCCCAUACCAUACUUAAAAGCUCUUGUAGCAGCACAUUGUACCCUGAUUUAUGCUUCUCAGCUAUUGCUAACGUCCCCGGAGCCACCGCCAAAUUGUCCAGCCAAAAGGACGUCAUAGAAGCUUCCUUGAACCUCACAACCACAGCUGUCGAGAAAAACUACUUCAUCAUCAAGAAGCUGAUCAAAACCAGAAAGAAUCUCACAAAGCGCGAAAAGACCGCUCUCCAUGAUUGCCUGGAGACCAUUGACGAAACCCUCGAUGAGCUCCACAAGGCCGUGGAAGAUCUCCACGAGUACCCCAACAAAAAGUCUUUGUCCCUCCACGCCGAUGACCUCAAAACCCUAAUUAGCUCUGCAAUAACCAACCAAGAGACUUGCCUGGACGGGUUCUCGCACGAUGAUGCCGAUAAGCACGUGCGGGAGGUGUUGCUAGAGGGUGAGGAGCACGUGGAGCGCAUGUGUAGUAAUGCGCUGGCCAUGAUCAAGAACAUGACCGAUACCGAUAUAGCCAAUGAAAGAAAGACGAUGAACCGGAAGCUGAAGGAGGACGUAGUGGAUGGUGAUGAUGAAACAAAAUGGCCGGAGUGGUUGUCGGUUGCGGACAGGCGGCUCUUGCAGUCGUCUUCGGUGACGCCGAACUUGGUGGUGGCGGCAGAUGGCAGUGGAGACCACAAGACUGUGUCGGCGGCAGUGGCGGCUGCGCCAGAUAAUAGCAAGACAAGAUAUGUGAUUAGGAUCAAGGCGGGUGUAUACAGGGAGAACGUGGAUGUGACAAAGAAAAAGAAGAAUAUCAUGUUUUUGGGAGAUGGGAGAACUUCUACCAUCAUCACAGCAAGUAGGAAUGUGGUCGAUGGCAGCACCACCUUCAAUUCCGCCACAGUAGGUACGUCCGGGUUCAGUAUUUAUUUUUAUUUAUUUAUUUUGCAAAUUAAUUGGAUAAUGUUUUGUUAUGUGUUAAUACAUAUCUUUGGCACAAGUCAUGAUGGGCCCCAUUGCAUGAUCAUGUUAGGUUGGUACGUAAAGUCUUUGCACAUGAUAUAGAACUGCAAAGGUUAAAUGAAAUGUCUUUUUCACCGUUAA